UUGCAUGCAAAUGAUAUGGACAUGUAAAUAAACUUUUGAUUAUUGAUGUUUAUUUUUGAAGGUAGAUUUCCUAUUUCAAUAAAAUGAAAAACAAAAUGGUAUGGAAAGAAUGACGGUAUAGUAUUUUAAAGACAAGCGACAUCGAAAUGAAAGGGAUUCUAACAUUGUUACUACUUUUCAAUAUAAAGAAUCAAGUUUCUGGAAAACCCUGCAAUAUAUCCAUACCAACGAUAAACUAUGUAAUUUCCUGUCCAAAAAAUCAAUUGGAGUGGAUGGAAGCAGCCUCUAGAAAGCAAUGUGAUGUAAUAGCUCGCAUUCAAAACUGCACGACGGAAGCAGAGUUUCAGUAUCAUUGUUUAGUGAAUAAACAGAGAAAUGAAACCUUAGAGGUUUGCGCACCUACAAGGUUUCUGUUAGGAUUCUGUGUGGAUUAUGAUAUAACUUUGGCAAAAGUUACAGAAAACUACGACUUAAAGUGUAGUAAUUUUACUAAGCCAUGUCCAACUCGAUAUAUAUCAACUGAUGCCUAUAAAUAUCAAGAUUGCUAUCAAUUGAAAUACGCCAACAAACUGCUUCCGUUGUAUGAUGUGACUGAAAGAAAUAAUAAUACGACAAAGAUCAUAAAGAUUGGUACUGAAAGAAAUAAUAAUACGACAAAGAUCAUAAAGAUUGAUACAGAAACGAUAUUUUUCCCACUAUUCCUCGGAGUGUCCAUUGCGUUGGUCAUAAGUAUUCUGACUAUUUUUUUUGUAAUAAUGAAGAAAAGGAGAUGGUGUUAUAAUAAAGAAUAUGCCAAGAUUGCUCAGGAUGAUCCAUCAGGUAUGAUUUCAUAUGAUAACGUAAAGCAAGCAACUUCACCCCGACUUAUUCACAUAAGAUUGUUUUUACAAUAAUUGCACAGUUUACAGUUUAAUGUUUGAUAUUUAUUUGUAUCGAGAUAAUAAUUUAAUUAACAAAAUAUGCCAAAUGC